CCACAAUCUUCAACAGUUCCGCAUUCCACGAGUCUGAAAAGCUUACAUCUGUACUCAUCGUGAAUCGAUGCUUUCACUUAUGAAUAUAAUCACUCUUGUUAUCCUUCGUGCCCGUCCUUCCUAUGUCCCUACAAUCUUCCUGUAUCCCGCAAAAGCGCAAUGGCUAUCAUCGACAUCUUUCAUCUCACCCAAACUUAUGCUGUUGAGCAGCCAGCACACUUCCUUCUCUGGGUGACACUGGCCGUACCCGUCUUGUACACUGUUGCCAAUGAAUUUGUUCGCAGACAGGCCCGAGUAUCGGGCUUGAACGGCCCAAGUGGCCUGCCUCUGAUUGGCAAUCUUUGGGAUAUCAGAACGAAUGCUGCAGAGAAGUACCGACAAUGGGCUCGUACUCAUGGCGCGGUCUACCAGAUACAGCUAGGCAAUAUCCCUGUUGUCGUUGUAAACUCAGCAGCAUCGGCGAAAGCACUGUUUGGCCAACAUGCUCAGGCCUUAAGUUCAAGACCAGAAUUCUAUACGUUCCACAAGGUACUUUCAAACACUGCAGGCACAACGAUAGGCACCUCGCCCUACAGCGACUCACUCAAGAGAAGACGCAAAGGCGCAGCUUCUGCACUCAAUCGACCUUCGAUACAGACAUAUAUACCUCACCUAGAUCUCGAAAGCAAAGACUUUGUCUCGGAACUUCUCAGAUAUGGCAAAGCCGGUACCGAUCCAGUGGACCCUAUGCCAAUGAUCCAGCGGCUGUCUUUGUCUCUUGCUCUGACCCUCAACUGGGGCAUACGGAUGGAUAGUCAAGAGGACGCUCUAUUUGAGGAGAUAACACAUGUGGAAGAAGAAGUUAGCAAAUUCCGGAGUACCACAGGCAAUCUUCAAGACUACGUCCCGCUUUUACGAUUAAAUCCCUUUAAUUUCGGGUCAAAGAAAGCCCGAGAAAUGCGAGAUCGUCGGGAUGUGUACCUGAAAGCUCUGAAUAAGGGCUUGGAAGAACGCAUGGAGAAGGGUACCCAUAGCCCAUGCAUCCAAGCAAAUGUCAUACUUGAUGAAGAAGCCAAACUCAACGAUGCUGAACUUACAUCAAUUAGCUUGACCAUGCUUUCUGGUGGGCUGGAUACGAUAACAACUCUGUUGCAGUGGAGCAUUGCCUUUCUUUCGCAGCGGCAAGACAUACAAGAGAAAGCAUGGAAAGAGAUUGCUAGACUCUACUCUGCAGAGCAGCCUCUCUGCGACGCACUGGACGAUCAGAAAUGCCCAUAUAUUGUUGCACUUGUGCGAGAGUGCCUGAGAUAUUUCACUGUCCUUCGUCUCGCAUUACCCCGUGUGUCCAUAAAAGAUGUAACUUACGAAGGUAUCGUGAUCGCAGAAGGCACGGUAUACUUCUUAAAUGCUUGGGCUUGCAACAUGGAUGAUGAAGUAUGGCAGGACCCAGAAGUUUUUCGCCCAGAACGAUGGAUUGAGCAACCUGAUGCUCCAAUGUUCACCUAUGGACUUGGCUACAGAAUGUGUGCUGGCUCGCUUCUCGCGAAUCGUGAGCUAUAUAUUGUCUUCAUUCGCAUGCUCAACGCCUUCGAAAUACAGAAAUCCGAUGACAUCGAUUGUCAUCCAGUCUCUGGAAAUUCGGAUCCUACAAGUUUAGUAGCCAUGCCGCACAGGUAUAAGGCAAAAUUUGUUCCCCGGAAUAUGCGAGCUUUGGAGAAGGCUUUGAAGGAGUUCACAGUCGUUGCGACUGAGUAAAGACAUGCUUGACGGGCUCUCAAUUUAAUGGUUUCGCAGUAUAUGUCUGAUAGUCACUGCAGGAUUAUCUACUAAAUGAAGAAGAAGAUGAACUUGGCGACUGUCCGUCGAAGAAAAAGUGAGUGGUACACAUCAAGCCAGCAAGCAACGUCUUCCAAUAACCCGGGAUCGCGCUCGAGGGUACAGCCCAGUCGCUCAUUGACCGCGAUAUGCAAUACCGCGCUUUCGUUCGGCCCGUCC